CGUGAAAGUAUGUUAACUCCUAACUUUUUUAGUCGUAGCUUCUAGUAAGUAAUUCUCAAGGAAGAUGGGCGACGGUCUUCGGCAGUCGCGGCCGCAGUUGCUUUUCUGUGGUUGUGACAUUCCUGUUCCGAUGUUGCGGGAGAUAAUUCUCUCGCCACGGAUCUCAGUGCGCAACGCGGGACUGAUGGUGCGUGGCCAAAUGAAGAUGCAGCUGUAUCACUUGCGUGGAGGAGUCUGGCCAAAAGAUGACGACCCGAUGCUGCGGCACUUGAAACACAUCGGUGACUCCGUGGAGGCUAGUCGGGUUCUCUAUGUGGAACUACUCCGAGAGCAUGAGGCGAAGGUGUUGCUUACGUCGUUGGUGAACUGGGGCCCGACGAGCGAGAGCGCGUAUUUCAGCUGUAUCGAGUUUGACGGCACGCCACUGUAUACCUUAGAUGAGCUCAGCG